UCCUCCACCACCACCACCACAAUGUCGCCGCUCCUCCUCCUCCUCCUCCUCCCCCUCCUCCUCCUCGCUCCCUCCACCCGCGCCCAGUCCGCCCCGGCCCCGGCCCCAUCCGGCCCCAUCAACAUCACCGCGAUCCUCGAAAAGGAAGGACAAUACACCCGCUUCAUCCACUUCCUCAACGUGACCCAGGCAGGCGACCAGCUAAACAACCAAGUCAACAACUCCCGCGAAGGCAUGACCCUCUUCGCCCCCACCGACAACGCCUUCCAGAACCUCCCGCCGGGGGCUCUCAACAACCUGAGCCCCCAGCAGCAGGUCCAGCUGGUGCAGAACCACAUCUGCCCUAAAUACUACUCGCUGACCGACCUCCUGUCGGUCAGCAACCCGGUCAGGACGCUCACCACCGGCCAGAAGGGCGGCGUGUUCGGCCUCAACAUCACCGGGCAGAACAAUCAGGUGAAUGUGAGCACCGGGGCAGUGGAGGUCUCGGUGUACAACGCGGUGAGGAAGGACUUCCCCCUCGCGGUGUACCAGGUGGAUAAAGUGCUGAUGCCGAGGUUUGACGACAGCGGGGAUGAUGACAAGAAGGCGCCGACUGCGGCGCCGAAGGGAGGGGCGGCGGACGGUGGCGAUGCGACGGCGCCGUCGACGCAGAGCCCGGAGGGGAAUGGGGCGGCGAGGAUCGGAUUGGUGGCGGCGUUUUGGGUGAUGUGUAUGGGAUUGGUGUUGUGAUUUUUUUUUUAAUUUCUUAAAUCGAUUAUGGUGGUGUUUUUUUUUUAUAUUUAUUUGGUUGAUUGAUGUUCGGAAAAUUGUUUUAUUUGAUUCUGAUUUGUGGCUUCACAUAUUCUAUAAAGGGGUUUUUUUAUAGAAUUAUUUGGAUCUAGUUAAGGACAAUUCACAUGGACAGUAUAUGGCAAAUUGUUGUAAAAAUAGUAAUUUUUUGUUGAA